ACUUUACCUGAGAUUGCGAUUUUCAUGAAAGAACAAAAUAAAGUAAACACGGAAGUAAGCAGACGAAAUUUGGAAUGGAGACGUCCGAACAAAAUAAGGUGAUAUCUGAAAAAGCUUCAAAAGUAAGAGAAUUAUUCCUGUCAAAACACAAAGCUGAUAUAGAUGCUGGAAGCUAUGAUGAAUGUGAUGUGGAAAAGUUCAGGACAAAUGACAAAUAUGUAGUGUCAUUCAUCAGAUCUUUUGAGACUCUUCAAGAAACUGUUCUCCAUCUUCAUGAGAGUCUCAAGUUCCGCCAUGACUUUGAAGUGAAUGAUACUACAGAAACCAGUUUUCCACAAGAGUUCUGGGAGAUUGGAGCUGUUUACUUUCACAAUCAUGACAAAGAUGGAAACAGAAUUUUGUAUGUACAAGUAAAGAAGUACAAAAAGGAUGCUCAGAUGUUGCCGAUGAUCAAGCAGUUUUUUGGCUACUUGAUGGAGCAGCAGAGCAUAAAAAACCCUGGCCAACAGAUUGUGCUGCUUUUUGACAUGGCUGGGGCUGGCCUCUCAAAUCUGGACAUGGAGCUGAUCAAGUUCAUCAUUAACUGUUUCAAAAUGUACUUCCCAGAUUUACUAGCCUACAUGCUGAUAUUUGAGAUGCCAUGGUUGUUCAGUGCUGCGUGGAAGUUGAUUAAGCAGAUGUUGCAUGCAGAGGCAGUGAAGCGGAUCAAGUUUGUGACAAAAGUGGAUGUCCUGGAGUACAUUGACAAGGAUGAGCUCUUUGAACACAUGGGAGGAACGGACAAAUAUGAAUACAAGUAUGAGCCAGAGAUGUUUGACACAGGUGGAGGGGAGCCAGACUUCCCGGACUCUGCCAAGAAAAAGGUUACAUUUGCUGAGCACAAGAAUGACUUGGAGGGCUCAAUGCAGAGGAGCAUGAGUGUUGACUGUAUACGGGACACAAAAGCAAACCUAAACAAUAGCAGUGGUGCUGGGAUCAUGAAGGCUGGCCGGGGAGCUGGGCUGUCCCAACGGAGAGGCAAGGGAGACAACUCAUUCAGGGGCAGACUCCUCACUAUAUGUCCAGCAGAAGAGCUAGAGUUUGUGAUACAGGAAGAUAGCCAGGAAGCCAGUGACACCAUUACACUGAAAAACAGCCUGCCAUACAACAUUGCUUUUAAGGUGAAGACAACAUCACCAGAAAAGUACAGAGUACGCCCCAGCUCUGGCUAUGUUAAGCCCGGCUCAGAGACUGAAGUUGUCAUACAUCUACAGCAAGGCUACCAGAACACCGUUCACAAGGACAAGUUUCUGGUGAUGGCAAUGGAGGUGGCUCACGAAUCCACCAUGACAUUCUCUCAACUCUGGAAGUCUGCACAGAAAGACAACAUCAUGGAACACAAGUUACGUUGUGUUGUGAGCAGUGGCGGGGAUGAGGGCGGGACAGAAUUGGGGGCUGGUGCUGGACACAAGGGGUCCCCUGUCUCUCAGGUCGACAAGAAGGUUGACGUGUUGUUGGAGAAGACCAUGAGAUUAGAGCGGAACGUGCAAUACCUGGUCUGGAGCCAGGCCGGGAUGACUGUGAUACUGCUGGCCAUCAUCAUAUAUUGGCUGAUGUGGGCCGACACUGCAACCAGCUCACGCUCACCAGACUCGCAAAGCCAACAUUGUGUAAACAACUAUCAGAAGUGAAAGGCCUCAACAAGUCAUCUUAUUUUAAAAUGCCAAAGCUGUUGCCAAAACUGUGCUAUUACGUGAUUGCUUUUGAUUUGAUUAUACAUGUCUAUAUUGGAGAUAAAAUGGAAAUUAGAGGCUAUUUCAUAUGAUUCACAGUGUGUUUAAUCAUCACAGAACCAAGGAUUUUGGUAAUAAGAAUGUUUUCCAUUCAAAUGUUCAAAAUUUGCUAAAAUGUGUCAAACCUGGUCUCCUUUAUUUAACAGCAACGUUUUUUUGUAAAAUGCAAAUUUUUUAAACAUUUUGCUUUAAAGUUGAUAGGGAAAUUAGAACAAUUUAACUUUCUUUAAAAUAGGUUGAUAAAAUGCCUCGAAAAGUUCAGGAUAUCUGAGUUGGGACAUUUGACAUUAACCUGUUGCAUUCUUAUUGAAAAUUAAUAGUUUUUCAAAUUUUCUUGCUCUGUUGCGAGAUCUUAAAAUAGAUAUUUUCUCCAAAUUGCGAUAAAAAAUUCGAAUGAUGAUGACAAAUCGGAGAAAGCUUGAUUCUACCAUAGGUGAAACACAAUCAAAACAUGUAAUUUCUUUAAGCAUGGAAUUAUAUGAGAUACACUUCAUAGUUAGUAUUGUUGUUUAUUAGGUUGUCAGUCAGUUUAUUUUGACAUAAUUUUGAAAAUGUUAUUUUCAAAGGGGGAUGAUUUAAUUAGUGUUCUUUUUUAGUCUAGGGCUUGUCAAUAUUACUAUAAUCAUGACUGUUGUGUUUGCUCUGUGAAAUUGUUGUAUAUGUAUCUGUAUACUUAUUUGACAAGACACACUUUAUGUUUUGAGGGAAAUGCAGGUUUCUUGUGUCUGGUCAAACCAUUUGAUAAGAUAAAUACAUGUGGACUAGUCUAUGUACUAAUUCUGGGUUAAGCUAAAUGCUUGAGCAAUGCUCAAAUACUGUAAUAAUAUGGUUGUAUUGACUUGAUUAAUGUUUAUUCAAUUUUGUUAAAAUGAAGAACAAUAAAAUUUCAAAAAGUU